CUAUUCUCGCGAAUUCAAAAUAAUUUGAAUUCAAACUCCCGUCCAAUUUUAAAUCCACCUUAUCCUCCUAAAACUACUCCACCGCCUAACUCCUCUACCUUAUCCCACCAAGCCCACGUGCAAACCAACCCCACCAACAAUAAUUCAAAUUUCAAUUCUCCUCCUAAUAACCAACCGUUGACCUUAUCUCUCCCACCCCACUUUGCCUCACAUGCCAACAACUCCCAUUUAUCCACAACCACCCACGUGUCCACCCCCUCACCACACAACACCAAUUUGUCAACACCCUCUACCACUCCCAUAUCUCCCAGCCCGCCACGUACCCACACCCAUCAAGCCUCAUCAGUCAAUCCUCGUCCACCCCGCAUACGUAAACCCAAUCCCAAAUAUGUUGGCGGACCAUUUAUCAACCACACUACCAAACAUCCCAUACCUCCUACCCUUGAACCCACUAGUGUGAAGCAAGCUCUGAGUGACCCACGCUGGAAGGCCGCCAUGGAAGAGGAGAUGAGUGCUCUUACUCGUAACAACACAUGGCAACUUGUACCGCCGGAUGGUCACACACCUAUUACAUGCAAAUGACUUUUCCGGAUAAAGCGUCAUGCAGAUGGUAGUAUAGCAAGAUUUAAAGCCAGACUAGUGGCUAGAGGAUUUCUUCAGCAACCGGGCCGUGAUUACUUUGAAACUUUUAGUCCCGUUGCUAAACCGGCAACUAUCCUCAUUAUUCUGACUAUUGCUCUAGCUCGCAACUGGUCUUUGCGACAAAUGGAUGUCAAUAAUGCAUUUUUGCAUGGAACACUGUCUGAGGAAGUCUACAUGGUUCAACCACCGGGGUUCAAAGACCCUACUAAACCUAAUCAUGUGUGCAAAUUACACAAGGUUUUGUAUGGUCUUAAACAAGCGCCACGCGCUUGGUAUCUUGAGUUAACCCGCUUUCUCCUUUCAGUUGGUUUUAAAAAGUCCCGGGCUGACGCUUCUCUAUUCAUCUACUCUUGUGAUGGCAUUUUAUUAUAUUUUAUGGUGUAUGUAGAUGACAUUAUUCUUAUAGGGAAUUCUUCCUCAGCAAUUGAAAAAUUUAUCUCUCAACUUACUUCUCGGUUCUCUGUAAAGGAUCUUGGUGCCCUCAAUCAUUUUCUUGGUAUUGAGGUUAUUCCCACCAAGGAUGGCCUAUUUCUUUCACAAAGGCAAUAUAUUUUGCACAUACUGGACUCAUUUCAUAUGCAGGAUGCCAAGGACACCACCACUCCAAUGAGCUCUUCCGCCACAUUACAUCUACAUGACGGUCCAGUUUUUGAUGAAGUAAGUCAAUAUCGUAGGGCCCUGGGUCUGCUUCAAUAUCUAGCUUUCACUCGGACGGAUAUAUCAUUUGCGGUGAACAAACUCUCUCAGUAUAUGCACUGUCCAAUGAUCAAUCACUGGGCUGCCAUAAAACGGAUCUUUCGUUACCUUAAGGGUACGUUAUAUCAUGGACUAUUUCUUCGCCGCCCAAGCUCUCUCAAUAUAUCGGCUUUCUCUGAUUCCGACUGGGGCGGUAUCCAUGAUGGGGGUCGGUCUACCACAGCCUACGUGCUAUAUCUCGGGUCUAAUAUUAUUUCGUGGAAAUCUGCAAAACAAAAGUGUGUGUCUCGCUCCUCUACCGAGGCCGAAUACCGAGCUGUAGCCAACGCUAGUGCAGAACUUCUAUGGGUUCGCAAUAUUUUAUCGGAACUUGGCGUUUCAGUCUCCACACCACCUCAACUGUUUUGUGAUAAUCAAGGGGCCACAUAUGUUUGCACCAAUCCGGUAUUUCAUUCACGCAUGAAGCAUCUCGCCUUGGAUUUUUAUUUUGUUCGGGAACUCAUUGAGCGUGGCCAACUUAGGGUCAACCAUAUAUCUACCAAGUGUCAAAUUGCUGACAUACUCACUAAACCGUUGGGAAAGCUACCGUUUCUUCAAUUCCGGACCAAGAUGGGAGUCUCCGACAGAUCCUCCAUCUUGCGGGGGCGUAUUAAAUCAUAAUUUAACAUGUCACAUUAUAUUUGUAUUCAUACGUGUAUUAUUAUUAUAGUACUCAUGCAUGUAUUUCUAUCCUUGAUUUGUGUAGUUAGUUAUGGGUAGAGCUUAUCACUUUUAUUAGCUUGUAUCACACGUAUGUGUAUAAAUACUCCCAUGUACAUUCAUUUUGGAUAUAUACAAAACAUACAAUUCUAC